UUCUGUUGUCUACUUCGACUGUGAAAUGUUUCCACUAAUGAACGCCAGCACGAUGAGUGAGCACGAGAAGGCCACGCUGGCCACGGAGAUGUUCAACCAUUUCUGUACGGCGACGACGAUGCGACAGAUACUGGGCGUGUACAGGAACAUGUGCGACACGAUCAUGAUCCGGCCGGGCCCGCUGAACGAGUUCUACCCGAAGCUGAAGGCGAUGGUGCGCAGCUGGAAGGCGCAGGCACUGUGGAAGAAGUUUGAUGCCCGGGCAGCCCAGAAGGUCUACAACCGGGGUACGGCUGCGUCCGGUACCCGGGUGCUGAUCGUCGGCGCGGGCCCGUGUGGACUGCGCACCGCCAUCGAAGCCCAGCUGCUCGGUGCCAAAGUGGUUGUGGUCGAGAAGCGGGAUCGGUUCAGUAGAAACAAUGUACUCCACCUGUGGCCAUUUUUGAUAACGGAUCUCAAGGCGCUCGGCGCGAAAAAGUUCUACGGCAAGUUCUGUGCCGGUUCGAUCGAUCACAUCUCGAUCCGGCAGCUCCAGUGCAUCCUGCUGAAGGUGGCGCUCCUGCUCGGGGUCGAGGUGCACGAGGGUGUAUCGUUCGUGCGCGAGCUGGAACCGAGCGAAGGGUGUGGGUGGCGGGCGACCGUGUCACCGGAGGAGCACGCCGUUUCGCACUACGAGUUUGAUGUGCUGGUCGGUGCGGACGGUAAGCGGAACACGCUCGAAGGUUUCCGGCGCAAGGAGUUCCGUGGUAAGCUGGCGAUCGCGAUCACGGCCAACUUCAUCAACAAGAAGACGGAGGCGGAAGCGAUGGUGGAGGAGAUCAGUGGUGUCGCGUUCAUCUUUAACCAGUCGUUCUUCAAGGAGCUGUCGGAGAAGACGGGCAUCGAUCUGGAGAACAUCGUGUACUACAAGGACGAGACGCACUACUUCGUGAUGACGGCGAUGAAGCACAGCCUGCUGCGGAAGGGCGUGAUCCUGCAGGACUACAGCGAUCCGACCGAUCUGCUCGCACCGGCCAACGUGGACAAGUCGAAGCUGUUUGACUAUGCGCGCGAGGCCGCCAACUUCUCCACCGACUACCAGAUGCCGAACCUGGAGUUUGCGGUCAACCACUACGGUACGCCGGAUGUGGCCAUGUUCGACUUUACGUCGAUGUUUGCGGCCGACAACUCGUGCAAGGUGACGGUACGGAAGAACUGCCGCCUGCUGUCCUGUCUGGUCGGUGACAGUCUGCUCGAACCGUUCUGGCCGACCGGGUCCGGCUGCGCGCGUGGGUUCCUCUCCAGCAUGGACGCGGCGUUUGCGAUCAAGCUCUUCGCGAACCCGAAGAACAGUCUGCUGGCGACGAUUGCGCAGCGCGAAUCGGUGUACCGGUUGCUGGCGCAGACGACACCGGAGAACCUGCACCGGAACAUGAGCGAGUACACGAUCGAUCCGUCGACGCGGUACCGCGAGCUGAACAAGUCGGCGGUCAGCAUCGCCCAGAUUAAGCACCUGCUCGACACGGACGAUCUGGCACUGCUCGAGCAGACGCACCUCGAUACGAAUGCGCUGGCGGCGGUGGCGGCCACACAGGCCCACGCCUCCUCGGCCAACGCUGCCGGUAGCGAGGUGGUGCCGAAGCGGAAGCGCCGCACCUACGACACCGUACCGCUCGGUGCGUUCCUGUUGCGCUGGCUCAAGUCGCAGCUCAAGGAGAGUGCGUUCGUGCAGGAGCUAACCGAGCCGGCCGAGUGUUUCACCAACGGUAAGGUGCUCUGUACGCUCAUCCACCGCUACCGGCCCGACCUGGUGAACCUCGAGGCGGUGGCCGAUUUCAGUGCGGACGUUUGCAACGAGCACGCGUUCAUGAUCUUCGAAAGCCAUCUCGGUAUACCGCGCGUCAUGUCCGGGCAGGACUCGGUCACGCUGGCCGGGAUCGACGCGAAGGUGUGGCUCAGCUAUCUCGAGCAGAUCUGCGAGCUGUUCCGGGGCGAGAUACCGCACAUUAAACACCCGAAGCUCGACUUCGAAGACUACAAGCAGAAGCAGCAGGUGGACACGUUGGCGUGGCAGCGGUUGGCGCACUACGCUGGCAGAAUGCCGACGGGUGUUGGUGUGGCGGCCGGUGGCAGUGCCGGUAUCGCUGCCAGUGCGGUCGAGGCAUCGUCUGCCGGUGCCGGAGCGCGCAAUAAGCUCAACUACUACCAUCCGACGGCCGAGGAGGAACGGUUCAAGCGGGGCCGGGCGGCAGUUGCCUCGCCCCAGACCGACACGGUUAAACGGGCCAAGAAGCGCCGCAGCCAUGACAACAAGCAGCAGCAGCAGCAGGGCAACAUCGAACAGCGCACCCGGCGCCUGCAGGAGAUCGAGGCGAACCGGGUCGAUCGGCAGACGAAGCGGCGGAUGCAGCGUGCCCAGCAGACGCAGAACUUCUUCAAGAGUAUCCACAUGCUGCAGGCUAACACCCUGCUGCGGGAGAGCGAUUGCUCGAGCGCAUUUGAGGAUUACUCGCUGUUCCUGUACCGCCAGUCGGCACCCGAGUUUAACUCGCGCGUGCGCGAGCUCGAACUCAAGCUGCGCUACCCCGACCGUGAGCGCGGGCUAGCGGCAGCGUAUCCGCGCGGUAUCACCGACGGCGAUCAGAUCAGUGAUCGUGUCAAGUCGAUGGAGCAGCGCAUCGGUGGCAAGGCGGUGCAGGCGACCGAAAAGAAGCCGAAGGAUCUGCUUCGCGCGAUCGGAAAGAUCGACUGCAACGACUGGAACGUGAAGGAGAUUGAGCGCAAGAUCGAGGAAUCGAAGAAGACGACCGACAUCGGCAAGAGCCGCGAGCGCGUGCCGAACUGGAACCGGGAGCAGUUUCUGGCGCGCCAGAACCGGCUGACACAGUCGAAGGAGGACGAGAAGUACCGGGAGAUCGAUAGCUCGCUGAAGGCCAUCGACAAGCAGCUGAAGGAGGGCCACAACCUCGAUCUGGGCGAACGGGGCAAGAACAAGGUGGCCUCGAUGGCUGGCAAGCUGCAGCAUGGCGGUGCCAGUGCACAGCAGCAACCGCCAGUAGCAGCCGCCCAACAGCAGCAGCAGUCUAAUCAAGCGCAGAAAACGGCCGCCCUCGCUCUAACCACGAGCGGUAUCGCCGAGAAGUGUCACUUCUGCAAGCAGCGCGUGUACCUGAUGGGUAAAAUCACGACCGAGGGCCUAACGUUGCACCGCUCCUGCCUCAAAUGUCACCAUUGCCACACGAACCUGCGCCUCGGUGCGUACGCGUUCGAUCGGGACGACUCGGAGGGUCGGUUCUACUGUACGCACCAUUUCAAGCUGCCAUCGAAGAUGGCGAGCAAGGCCACGGCUACCAAGGAGUCCCUGGCGGCGAGCAGACGCGAGCUGGCCGAACGGGAAGCAGCGAACGCGAAGGACCGGCAACAGCAGGCCAAUCGGGCAGCGCUCAUGGCAGCCGCCGCCGCCGCCGCCGGCAGCGGUGGCGGUGGUGCUGCAGAGGGUGAACCCGCCGGUACCACCAUGGUCGACUACAUGGCGGACGAUGGCGGUUGCAUCUCGGAUGCGGACGCGCACCUCGUCAUCGAUGAGCACGAGUGGACGGACCGGAACUUUGGCACCGAGUCCGAGGAGGAAUCCGAGGACGAGGAGCUCGACAGCUCCACGGACGAUUCGGACGGGGAAAGCGAUUCCGACUACGAGGAGGCGACCGGGUCACCGCUCGGUGCGCAAACGCUGCAGCUGGCGUCCGAGUGGAUCAGCGACAAGCGGUUCCCCAACAUGGUCGACAGCGAUGACGAUUUCUAUGGUUACUCAAGCGAAGAUGAUGAGGCAGACUCGCAAACCGAGGGUGAGGAGCUGGCCAAAGCACGCGAAAUGCGCCGGCAGGAGGUCAAACUGAGGCCGCUACCGAAACUACCGACCGAUACCGAAACCGAGGGUGCGUCCGACUCCAAGUCGUCAUCGGAGGAGGUCAACUCGGCGACGGAGAUAUCGACCGAUUCGGAGUUCGACCACGAGCCGACACUUCGGAUGCCACCACGCAUUUUCAUCGACGAUACGCAUUCACGAAAGCCGGCCCGAGUACAGGUGAAGCAAACCACGAUCGACGACACACCAUGGUACCGGCGGCCGAUACCGGCGCCAGCAACGGGUAACCGAGAUCAGCAACAGCAACAGCAGCGGCAUGUGGACGCGCGGAGCGAUGUGGAGUUUAAGCCGCUGGUCGAAGUCGACCCGUCGAUCAAGCUGGCCGGACAGACGCGCCCGGUGCUGGCCACACCGCGGCUCGGUGAUUACGGGCUCAGCAAGACGGCCAGCACGGAGGGAAUUGCCUCGAAGAAGAGCCUCGAGCUGAAGAAGAAAUAUUUGCUGGGCGAGGAAGCGCCCGGUGUUGGCAUCCUGAAGUCUGGUUCAGCGUCCGCGCUCGACUCCAAGUUCAAGUCGUUCCACUCGAACAUUACUGAGUGCCAGAAGCUACUGAACCCAGCACCGGAGCUAAGCCCGACAAUCACGGCAAAACCGGGCCUGGCGGCGCUACGCACCACGGCGGCGGCGAUUUCUGCACCCGAUUCCAUGGCACCACGUUCGAACGAAGCAGAAAGUUCGGCUCCGGUGGUGCCCGGUGGGAUGGUACGGCGGGACACUAGCGCGAAGGAAACCAACGUGUACAUCGAGGGUAAAGCGACGAGCGUCAAGCGCUCGUCGCUGGUCGAAACGAUCAACGCGACGCUUGUCGAGAACAAGCUGAACGAGCUGAAAACGCACGAGCUACUGCAGGGCGGUACGGUGCGGAAGGAAUCGAUCGAUCUGCCGACCAUUUCGUCCACCCCGAAAUCGUGUUUGCCACAGGCUAACGGAGAUGUGGUUGCUGCUGCUGCUGCUGCUGCUGCUGCUGCCACUGCCGCCAAUAAUAACAACAACGAUAAACCCAACGCUACCAACAGCGUGAAUAACGUGAUCAACAACAACGAAAAUGGUAGCAGUCACAACAAUAAUAACAACAACUGUUACAACGACGAGAAUGACCGGCUGGAACGAGUCACUAGACUGACACCGGAGAAAAGCACGGCGAUUGGCGCUGACGGUGGCCUGCAGGGCUCAACGGAUGCUGCUGGGGACGAACUGGUGGGCGAAAAGCGGGACGAGCUGCAGUACAUUGGCAUCCUGAAGCCUGCCUACAUUGACCUGACGACCGAUUCACCGAACUGUGACCGUUCGCUGGUGGAGACGACGCUCGAUUUUAGCAUUACGCCACCGAAGGUGAGCGCCGAGCAGCAGAAACGGACUGAACCGCACAAGAUGGUCCCAUGUCGUCCCGGCCUCGUCGAUAAUCGUGUGCAGAUCGAUAGUAACGAGAAUAAGAUCAACAAGCAGCAGCAGGAGCAGCAGGAGCAGCAGCAGGAGCAGACUGCGGUAGAUGCCAAGGAAUUGUUGGUGAAGCGAGAGAAAACGGUUCCGAGCCAGCCUGCCCAACAGCACCAACAACAGGGUGAAGAUGGCUGUCAUGAGACGACGCUACAGGUGCCGGAUGGGCCGUGGUCAAAGGACAAGAAGCAAGGUACAGACCAGAAAGGAGGCGAUACUAUCCUGGUCAGCAGUGGAGGCAGCAGCAGCAGCAGUUCCAGUAGCAGUAGCUCUAGUUCGAGCAGCAGCAGCAGCACCAGCAGCAGUUCGAGCGUGGAAGACAUACCGCACUUCAUCCUGGACUCGACGACAAGCCCGGAAACGCAAAACGAUGAGCGGUUCGUGCCGCGGCUGGAAGUCCGAGACGCUACCGGUGAGCUGAUGCAGAUCGACAGUCUGAUGAUCAUCGAUGGGCGGUACAUUGGUGAUCCGGAGGAUCUGAAGCUUAUGGAGAAGCUACCACCGGACACGCAGAUAGCGGCUCAGCUGCUACAGGAGGAGAUGAAUCAGGACAGCAUCAACACGGUGGUCGAGUGGGUUGCGAGCGGUGCUACCGGUGCUGAUGAUACCACCGGUACGGCAGCGACAGUGGCAGGUGCGGGUCCACGCGAACAGCAGCAGAAGCCGCACACGCCCGUCGAGAAUGGGGACAUCGAAGAGGACGCUGGGCUACUCACACCGGUUGCCUCACCGGCGACCUCCCCCAGUAAACCGAAGCCCUACCUCCGGUUCGAUUCACGGAACGAGAACAAAAUCGACACACUGAAGAACAUACCGUUCGUGCUGGACGGGGACCGUGGUGAGCGCGGUUCAGACGCCAUUCAGAAACCCUCGUACCUGAAGCUGUACCACGCGAAGCUUCCCGAUGACACGACCGCCGAUGCCGAUCGGACGCCGCUGGCUUGCGACGACGAAGCCACGAUGAUGCGUGUACCGGGUGGCGACCUACCGCCGGUGGUCGGUGCUGGCCCGUUGCUCCUGAUGCCACCACCACGUACCGCGCACGAUUCGGACUCGGAGGAGACCGAGGUGACGACACAGAACCUGACCGAGACGGAGCUGUCCGAUUGGGCGGCGGACGAUGCCGUGUCGGAGAACUUUGUCGACGUUGAGUUUGCGCUGAACGUGCCACCGUCGUCGUCGGGCAAGUCGUCGGGGCCGGCAUCGCUGCAGCGACGCAAUCAGCGCACGGCCAAGCACGCGGCACGACUGCAGCAGAAGAAGCAGCACAGUCGGACGCAACACCAGCAGCAGCAGCAGCUCCAGCAGGAUCAACUGAUGCUGAUGACGGCAGCCGAUGGUGCGGGUGGUGGUGGUGGCGGCGGCGAGGAUGGUAUCAUCCGUAAUCUGGCCCUGGACGAUAUCGAGUUCAUGGAUACGGGCUCGGAGGAUGAAAGUGGUAGUGAAAUGGUGAUGCUGCACGCCGGCACCACCAAUCGGGCGAUGCUGCGGAACCGCGGUUAUGCCGAGCUCGUCGAUCCUAGUGUGGAGUCGCGCCGGGCGCUGCAUUACCCCACGAAUGCCGGCUCAUCGGCACACCAUUACCAGUCGACAGUCCGUGGCGAUAUGACGAGCGUGGCGGCAGCAGCAAACUCGAUGCUGGUGGAAGCGAUUAACAAGCAACUGACGUGCCGGGUUGACUAUAUCGAACAGGGCGCCUAUCUGCUGGCCAACGAUGAUACGAAAACACCGAUGAACGAGGAACCACCACCGGGAAAGAUGACAUUCGCCGCCCUCGGACAGUUGCAGCAGGCAGCGACCUCCAUCGUACCUUCCCUCGAUGGAAACAACGACAUCGAGGAGGACAGUCUGCUGAUUGUGCCCGGUUCGCUGGCCCCGGGUGGCGAUGCUAUCAAGGGUAAACAAUCGGGCGAAACCGGGGGCGGAAAGGGAACCACGGAGGAGGAGGAAGAGAGUGGCGAUGCGGUGACGAUUGUGGCCGGUAAUACGGUUGGCCAGCUAUUUUUGGAGGGAAGCGGCGCUCCACCACCGUUACUCCCACCCGCAACGGUACUGGGUGGGCCGGACGGAGGUGGUGCAAGGGUAGCAAACGCGGCGGAAACGGCACCCGGAAGUGGUGCAGCGAAGCGCGCCAGUCUCGAGCGGAAGGACGGGCGUAAGGAUUCCCUCAAGCACGUCGAGCACGUCGAGGAGUACGUGAAACUGUUGCAGCACCAGAUCCAGCAGAUCAGCAACGCCCAGGACACGCUCGAGGUGGUAAAAAAAGGGAAACGCAAAACGUCCAAGGGUGACCUCCCCGUAACCGUGAGUGGUGAGGCUGCCGACGGUGGGGAGGAAGUGAUAGACGAGGGGCACGGGAACCAGGCGACCGAGGCGCAGUCGUAUGUGGUUGCGCCGCCUACAUCAUCGUCAUCAUCGUCACCGCAGGGCUGGAACGGUGGCGGAACUAGUCGUGCCCGUCCAGAACCACCAGAGCCGCCCAAAAGCGUGGAGAAAAAGAUAGAGGAGAUCACGAAGGAGCGUGUUAAGCAGAAGGACCUCAUACACGAUCUAGUCAUGGACAAGCUGCAGACGAAAAAGCAGCUGAACGCGGAGAAACGGCUCAACCGUAGCCGUAACCGGAACCACGCGCUCUGUCAGGUGGCGGCAAUCGCCAACGGAUCGUCGCUCGAGGCGAUCGUAUCUCCGUCCACCGUUUCCAGCACAGCCAAACCGGGUACCGGGUCGGUGGAGGGCCGCUCCUCCGUACAGCAGCCCCCCGUCGGCGCUAUGCCGCCCUGCCAACUGGAUGCUCCGGAUGCUGGAAGCGGUAGCGCCGGCAACCAGCCGUACCCGUUUGUAACGCCCCGGAGGCAGCACCGCAACAUAACCGAGACAACUCCCAUCGGCCAGCUGACGGAGCAUCUACGUGAGGAGGCACGCUCGAAAGCUCGCCAAAAGUCCAACCAGGAUUUGGGUCUUUCGCCCGAGGACAGGGUUCUGUUGUUACGCAAAAAAUAUCGUAACAAUGGGCGCCGUGCGCUCACCGAUGAUGAGCGUAACAAAUCGGACGAUGUAAAGAGCACCGAGCAGGAGAAAGAGCAGCAGCAGCAGCAGCAGCAGCAGCAGCAGCAACCCCACCACCACCACCACCACCACCACCAUCACCAUCACCAUCUCGUCACCUCCAAAAGCGUCAAUGAUGUGUCGAACCACGCGAUCCACGCACCGCCACCCUCCGGUACGGUCGCCAUGACUCCCAUUCAAUCGUGCAACCCACCCCCGCUGACCGACUGCAUCUCCGAUCCGAAUCUGGUGCAAAGUGUGGUACACGAACCGAACGGUGUCGGUGGCCGUGCGGCUGGUGCUGGGCGGACGCGCAGCAAGUGCAAGGACCGGGAACGGCGCAAAAGCAUCAUCGAGAAGGUGAGCGAGUUCUUUAACGGCCGGAGCAGCAGCAGCAGCAACAACAACAACGGGGGCAGCAAAAAGGACAGCAACAGCAGCAAGGAGUCAUCGCCGACCAAGGAUACGCGAGGGGCGAGUCAGCUGGGCGUGCCGCCGGGAGGGAGCAGCCUGGUGUGCACCGAUCCGGCCGCAUCAACAGCAAGCACUAGCACCGGAGGGGGGAUGGGAUUCUUGCGAUCGUUCAUGAUCUCGCCAAAGCUUAAGGAUAAAUCCAAGUCGUGCUUUGAUGUGAGGAACAUUAGAUGUGGUUCAAAGGAAGGCUCACCGUACGGUCGCAGCGCGUCGGAGGACUGCUUGAACAACACCACAACAAGUGCUAUGGCCGCGCCGCCGGUAUCCUCGAGCGGUACGGGUUCACCAACGGGUGCACCGUUGCCAGCAACCAACACGAACACGACGGUGAAUGGUACAGCGCGCUGCAGCAACAGCUACACGCCGAUCGGGCGCAAGGAAGCGGAAGAGCUGGAACCACCACCGGUGCCACCGUUACCGCUUAAUUAUCAACCCUCCGAUGACGAAUGCGGAGGAGGAGGAGGAGGAGGAGGAGGAGGAGCUUCGAACGAACCUAAAAACGAAUUGAAAAAGCAACGUGCAAUGUGGAAAGCGUCCCGACAAGCGGAAUUGAAAAGACUGAGAAUUGCUCAAGAGAUACGGCGCGAGCAGGAGGAGAUCGAGGUAAAAAUCGAAGACCUGGAGGCGCGUGGCGUGGAGAUCGAGAAAGAGUUGCGGGGCGAGGGCGAUGCACUGAAGCAAACCCUCGCCGCCAGCCACGGUGGUGCUAAUGACGAGGAUCUGGUGAAGGAGUGGCUGGAGAUAAUGCGCAACAUCACGCAGCUGAAGGUACGGGACGACGAGCUGAGCAUACGGCAGCAGGAGUUGCAGCUCGAGCAUCGCCACGCGGAGCUGAAGGAAGAGCUCAACAUGCGGCUAUCCUCUGGCAAGCUCGAUAAGAACUCCUCCGAUGUGGCAGCCGAGGGUGCGAUACUGAACGAGAUGCUUGAAAUCGUGGCCAAGCGACAGGCGCUCCGGCCAUCGCUAGAUCCAGCGGGUUCACCGGGAACGACGGCGAAGCCAUGGGUGGGCCGUACGACGAAUGGGACCGAUCUAUAAAGAGCUAGCCCAAGGACCACCUUUCACUGAAACCAUACCCUCUAACAAAAAAGGAAACAAAAACAAGAAAACAAUGUUUAUCAAUACAGGAAUUGUACAGCGAGUGAAAGAGCAAGGCAGACCCGGCGGGGUAUAACCGUGUGGCGGAUGUUCUUCGCGUAAACCAGUACUACUCCACUCCAUCAGCCAUCAGCCACCAGCGACAACCAGCGGACGGGAGGGUCGUGAAGCCCGGCAGCCCGGAUAGUGUAGCCAGCUGCAUCCUUGUGCCGGCCUUGCGCGACACUACCAAAGACCCCAUGGGAAAGGAUGCAGCAAACCCAGGAGGGAGCGACUGAAGCGGGCUGGCAACCGACCGUGAAUCGUUGGAGAAUCGGAUGAUGAUUCACUAGCAAACUACGUGUAAUACUGCUUUCCAAAAAAAAAAAAACAACAAAUCAAUGGAAACAGGCCGUGGCAGCAGGAGAUUGCUUGCGCAGGUGGCACAGGAUAGGACAACCGGGGGUUAGGCGGCGGUGCUCGAUUGAUAUAUAGUUUGUAAGGGAGAGAAGGCUUGUGCAUACAACACAGGGGGUUAGGGGGGGGGGGGGGGCUGGGGGUCUCGUGGGUAUGCGAAGCGUACGUACCAGCACCUGCAGCAGAAUGGGCUGACCGGGGGGAGCCUUGAAACCUCCUUCCCACCCCGGUAUUCUACCAAAUAGAAGAACAAAAAAAAAAGAAAACACAUUAAUAUGAAGCAACAAACCGGUCGGUGUGCUACCAUUGGACCCUUGUUGGUUGGUUGGGAGGGGAGGAGAAAUAUAUAUAUAUAUAUGUUUUAAUUUAAUCCUGCAAUCCAGACAGUAUAGGAACGGUGCGAGAAACGGAGAGGAUCUGGUCAGAGGAGUUUAGUGUAACAAGUAAGUGAGAGAUGGGAGACGGGCGCAUCGCGAUAUGUCAUUAGUUAGCUCUCUCUGCCUCUCUCUCUCUUCUCGGUUUAAUUUUCGCUCUCUUUCACGAGCAACUGCUUCACUUAGAUAGCAACGGUCCAGCUUGAACUCCGGUUUUUUUUUUGUUUUUUGUUUCAAUCGCUUCUUUUGUAUCAAUUUCGUCUUUUCUUCUUAUUAUCUGCAUGCGGUUCGACACUGGUAGUUAGAAGAAGCUUACAUAGUUUCAUUUGGUUUUUUCCGUUUUUCAUAGUUUUCCGUUGUGCGAGUUUCGUGCGCACCAGUUUCGAUUAGACUAGCCACUAGCAUGGAUUUAUUCUCUUCUCAUCUCGUUUUUGCCGAAUCCAAACAACAAAGUCCCAAACGUUUUGACCAAACGAUGUUUCGUUCGUUCUUUAAAAAAAAACAGUUUUCUUCGUUUUCCAUUGCAUGCCCAGCAACUUGGCCUAGACUAGGCGUUUAUAAGUUUCCCGUCUUGUUAUCCCCCCCCCCCCCCACUCCUCUUCCUGUUUUCUCAUGCGACAUGUGUGCGACAACGAAUUAUCACCUUAAAGAAAAACGCUCAAAGCGAAUUCGCGAAUCUGGCAAGCAGGGAGCAGGGAGCAAUGAAAGAAAGGAAAGAACGAGGGUGAACGCGUUUAGGGCGGAUAAGGAUAAGCUCAGGAGGAGGUUUCAGCAGAUUACAGCUUGAUACCAUGAAGCAAGCAAACACGCACAAAUCAAUGUGGUGAACGUUUAUUUCCCGUUUUUUUUUCUUCUGUUUUUCUUUUCUCAAAUUGUGACAAUGAAGGCCUUUGGCGCGCUGUAAUGUAAAAUUGGA